UCACAUGAUACGAAAGUGAAAUAGCUGUACUUGUAUAUAGCUAUAGCUCCUCUCUUACGUCAAUCGGUAUAACAGUGUAAAAAAUCGUAUACACAUUCACAUACACAUACAUAGUCAGAUUAAAGAUCAUUUGGCAAGUUCGCAGGUCGCCAAUCUUCGCGCGACUUCAUUUCAACACCACUCUCUUCACAUACUCCAGCAUAUUUCACGUUGUAAUUGUGAACUUUUUCUUCCUUUCGUAUCAAUUCUUAAUUUGACUCUAUUUUUUUAUAUUAUUACUUGUUAUCUAUCGUUUACUCGCCUUUACAACAUGAUGACAACCAGAUUCAAGGGAAUAGAACUGGGACCUCCUAUCGAGGUUUUUGCACUGCAAAAGGCAUUCGUCGACGAUAUUUACGAAAAGAAAGUUAAUCUUACUAUAGGAGCUUACCGUACUGAUGAAGGUAAACCAUGGGUGCUACCAGUUGUAAAAAGAGUAGAAAUGUCACUUGCAGCAGAUGAUUUACAAAAUCAUGAAUAUUUAUCAGUUCUUGGCUUAGAAACAUUUAACGAAGCUGCUACAACUAUGUUAUUAGGCAUAAAUUCUCCUGUUAUUGCCCAAGGACGUGCUUUUGGUAUUCAAUCGCUUUCCGGUACUGGAGCAUUACGCGUUGCUGCUGAAUUUUUAAAUCGUAUUCUACAUUACGAUACCUUUUACUACAGUAAACCUUCCUGGGAAAAUCACAGACUGGUAUUUAUUAAUGGAGGAUUUAAAAACGCUCGUCAAUACACAUACUGGAAUGAAAAGACUCGUAAUAUCGAUUUAGAAGGAAUGCUCCAAGAUUUACGAGAUGCUCCAGAAAAUGCUGUAAUUAUUCUGCACUCAUGUGCACAUAAUCCAACUGGAUGUGAUCCAACUCCAGAGCAAUGGACUAAAAUAGCUGAUGUAAUACAAGAAAAAAACCUUUUCCCAUUAUUUGAUUGUGCAUAUCAGGGCUUUGCAACUGGUGAUUUAGAUAAAGAUGCGUAUGCUGUACGAAUGUUUGCCGAACGUGGAAUCGAAUUUAUUUGUACGCAAAGUUUUGCGAAAAAUUUUGGAUUAUAUAACGAAAGAGUUGGUAACAUAGUUUUUGUGUUGGCCGAUACAAAGGAAUUGAUUCAAACUAAAUCACAAUUAACAUUAAUUAUCCGAGGAAUGUAUAGCAAUCCUCCUAAUCAUGGAGCUCGAAUUGUUGUAACUGUGCUGAACAAUCCGGAGUUCUUUGAGGAAUGGAAGGAUAAUAUUAAAACAAUGUCCAGAAGAAUUAAACAAAUGAGGAUAGGUUUAUAUCAUAGAUUGCUCAAAUUAGAUACUCCAGGAACUUGGGAUCAUAUUAUUCAGCAAAUUGGAAUGUUCUCAUAUACAGGACUCACAGAGAAACAAGUUCAGUAUCUGAGAAAUUAUUAUCAUAUUUAUAUGUUAAGUAGUGGACGUAUAAAUAUGUGCGGACUCAAUGAAAAUAAUUUGGAUUAUGUGGCAAAUGCGAUUAAUGAAACGAUAAAGCAGUUGCCAGAAGCACAAAACGACUCAAAGACAAAUUCAAUUGAUAAGAGUGAGGAUUUAAAAACAGAAACGAAACAAGAAAAUGACAUCUUCAAUGAUGAUUAUGAUGAGAUAGAGGAGAAAUUAAAGCAAAUUUGUGAUGGUCGUGAAGAAAUGAGUACAUCUAAUGUAGAAGAACUAAAUUCAAUUCCUACGAAUUGGAAAGGAAGUUUAGAAGAUACGGUAACGCAGCCAUUGUUUCAUAAAAGUAUAAAUUAUAAAUAUUCGUCGAGGAAUGAAAUUGGAGAUAUGCUUACUGACAAUAGAGAUAACAUCGAGAUUAUUUUUGGUAGUGAAAGCAGUGAAGAAUUUGUUCGCGUUCCUAGAUAUACAUUUUCUAACAAUGGAACUAAUGAAAAUGAUAAACAGAAUCAACAUACUACAAAUAUCGAUAAUAUUACUAAUGAUAAAAAGCUCACUGAAACUGAAUGUAUAGAAAACACUACCAGUAGAGAAAAUUUAUACGUUGCGUCGAACACGAGGACUGCUGUAAACUGUGAAGAAACAACUCGAAAGGAAAUUAUGAAAUCUAUAAAAACACCAAUUCAAGAUACAUCUUUUGAGGAUACAAAUUCUAUGCUUAACAGUGAUACUUCUACAAUGAUACUGGAUGUAGAAGUAGAAAAUGAAUCAACAAAAGAACUAAAUAUAUCUGAAACUAUAGAAUAUAAUAAAGACGGUGCUGUAUCAGAUACAACAAAAUUUACAGUCAAAGUUACAGGCGAUCGCGAGGAUGUAGUUGAUAUUAUGCAAGAUUUAUUUAAAGAUACACAAGAUUUUACUAUUCAAGAACACAAUAAUACUUGUUUACAGCAAGAAAAUAAUGCGUCUGUUACUUCUAUCAUUACAAUAAAUGAUUAUCCAUUAGAAACAAAUUCUAUAAAUAAAUGCAAUGAUAUUUUUUCACCAUGUAUUACAAGUAUUGCGUCACGAAACAAUGAUCAAAUGUCAGAUGCUUUGUCAAGUUUACAAAAUGAUGAAUGUCUAACUACAAAAUUACCGUCAUCGAAUAUGGAUGAAGAGAAGGAUCCAGAAGUGAAUAACACAAUUAAUAGCAUUAUCGAACAACCAACGACGGAUAAUGCUAAUAAAUGUGAAUAUGAGAAAUUACAACAAAAAGUGAAACUACAAGAGACUAUUAUUGGGCAAUUAACUAAUCAACUUAUUUUGCUCAAGGACUUGGAGAAAAAAUGGCAAAAUAAAAAUAUAAUGCUCAAAGCAAGAACAAAGAAAAUGGAAAAACAGAUGAAUGAAUUGAAUAAAAGUACGGAUGGCACAUCAUCUUCAACAAGCUGUAAAAAAAUGGAUAGUAGACAAAAGUUGAUUUAUGAUUUAUCGCACAGAAUGAGUAAUUUGGAAGAAAUGAAUAAAAAGUUAAUGAAAACUAUAACUAUCGAAAGUCAACAAAAGAGACAGCUAGAAAAUCAAAUCAAGCAAAGAGAUAAACAAAUAAAAGAACUCAAUUGGAAAUUGGAUAAGGCUUCAAAAUACCUCGAGCGAGCAGAGAAAAAUACAAAUACAUAUAGAAGAAAAAUGUUAAAUAUGCAAACUUUUAUGAGAAGAAGAAAACUCUUAGAUGGAAGUACGAGUGAAUUUUACGAUAUAAUGGUAGACUGUACGAAGGAAAACUAUUCUGAAAAAAUUCUAACAAUGGCAGUGGAUAUUAAAGAAAUUUGUGGUACGAAUGGAUACAAAAAGUUGUUAAAUUAUGGAUUUCCACUUCCAACAUUAUCGGUUUUGCAAGCUCUCCCGAAUAAUGGUAUUUCAGAUACCAGUAAAAGUAACAACAAAAUUCAAGAAACGAUUUAUUUAAAUACAGAUGAAGAGAAUGAUACUCAGCAUAUGGAAAAUGAUGUGGAAGUCAAUACAAAUAAUCAUACAGAGCAUACAACGUUUUGUGUAGGAAGCGUAAUGGAUGGUACAGAAACUGUAACAGGCACUGUUCAAGAUAUUUUCGAUGAAAGCAAUGAUGAUAUGGAUGAUUUAAGUACAAAUGAAUUGAGCGAUCAUUUUUUUUUACAGUUAAAUGCAGUUAUUUAA